AUGUCUCCACCAAUCGAGACCCAUUGGUACGACAACAAGGCUUACUCGACAAAGCCUGACUUGAAGCAGGAGAUUGAGGCCGCUGUGCGUGCACAAGCUCCUGCUGAUGCUUCUGCUGCCUACAUCGCGAAUGGCUGGCAUAGUAGCAGGUCUGAUCCUAGGGACCAUGGUACUGUGGAUUACAACAGAGGUGAGAGUCUGGAGCGUAGGCACAUCUAUCCUUGA